UAUUAUUUCUUGACGCCGUACCUGGAGAAUGGUGACCUCUUCCAUGCUAUAGAAAAGGAUAACAUGAAGCUGCAAAAGAAAGAGGAAGUCACUUUAGAUGUUGACACAAGACUUAGAAUCCUUUUUCAGAUUACAUCAGCAGUUGAUUUUCUACAUACUCCUGUUAAGAACUUCAGGGGAGCCAUCAUCCACAUGGACAUAAAAGCACUAAACAUAGUUCUUGAUAAAUGUAACAAUGCCAGAUUGAUAGAUUUUGGACUUGCUCGGGAGAUGAGAGAAGGCCAUGACAGCGUAAAGACAACCAUGAAACAACUUCCGCAUACCCCUGGGCACUUUAAGACCAUUCGACAUGCCAUGCUUACAAAAUAUGCUGAUUGCCAUAAUUUAGGAGGUAUUUGGAAAAAUGACAAAAAACAACCAUUUGAAGUGGCCAAGGAUCUUGCAGGUCUGUCAGCUAAAUGUCUUAAAGACGAACAGUUGACUUCAACAAAUAUUUUAAGAGAGAUAAAG